AUGGAAGAUGCGAUAAAAAAGAAAGAAAAGAAACGCUUUACCGUGUGCCAUAUUUUGCUUAUUACGAUGUAUAUGUCACGGUUACUCUAUGUAUACCUAAUACUGGAGUUCAUCAGAGGAGAAGGACCACAAGAGAAGAAUGUAUGCAGAUAUAGUCUCUACGGAGUACUGAGUAAUAUGGAACAGUCCCCCAUUAUGGUGUCCGCACCAUGUGAAACACUGAUUUUUUAUUAUUCUUCACUAAUUCAUUACAUAAAUGAAUCUAUUGUUGUGGACAUUUUGAAGGACGGACAGAGGAGUGAUGAGUCCUAUUAUAGAAUUCCUCCCCCCUGCUGCGGCCGGGCUAGCAUUAUCUCGUCUAUGGCAUAA